AUGGCAAAGAUCAAGGCCUGACAUCUACAAGGGAAGGAUGAAGAGGAGCCGCUGAUGCAACUGGAUGACCAGCAGCUAGAACAGGCUCAAUGCCACGUGGUGAAGGUCCUGGGGGAAAAUGAUUUCAAACUCUCCAAGAUAGAUGUGGUCUCCAAAUCCAUGGCCAGAGCCGUGGCUGUUAUCAGUCAGUACCAGAAGGAGAAUUUGAGGAUUUACAAAAGUGGAAGACACAAGCCUCUUGAGCAGUGGCCCAAGAUGACACAUGGCUGGCUACACAUGCAAAAUGAGCACAAAGACAGUCUGAGACCAAAAACCGUCAACAAAAAGAACAAAAAGCUAUAUCCUACCCAGAGGUUCACUGUUGGGUUGUAA